GAGUGCUUUAAACAGACGUGGACGGCUGCCUACUGCUCAUUCCCCCAGAGCUGUAGCGCAGAUGAAGCAUCACUGCUGAGCUCACCAAAAAACAGAUCUAAAGAGAAAAGAGGAAAAAAGAGUAAACAGAGAAAGAAAAAGCAGGACAGAUGUUCAUUAGAAGCUCAAAUUAUUAUCAGCUGGAGAAAGUGUUUUGAAUGUGUGUGAGUGAGAGAGUGUAAGAAAAGAGGAAGACCUCCGAAGAGAGGAGAGAAGUGUCAGCAGAGCUGUGGAUUUAUGCUGUCCAGUCUUGACAUCCCUCCCUCCUUUCCUCCUCCUCUCCUCCCCCCUUCAGCAGGCGGGCUUUUUGUGGCUGACCAUGCGAGGAUCCUCUCAGUGCUGCGGGAAUCUCCUCUCCUCCUCCGGAUAGUUCUGCAGCUCUCGUUCUGUGGCUCAUUGACCCCGACGCAGCUUUGAUAGUUGUCUUUGUCACGAGGGAACGUCUUGGACAAGGAGCAACGCAACUUUUGGACUGUGUAGACAUCUCCUUUUUCCUUGUGCUCAAUAAUUGAUGCAGUUGCUCUGCUGUUGCUUUGACCGUAUCCACAGGACGGGAUCAGGGAGGAAGGUCGGGACUGUGACCCCCGCAUGAUCCCUCAGUGUGUCCACUCUGUAUUGUAGACUGCAUCUUCUUCGUUCUCCUCAUCCAGCAUGCAGGUCUCAAUCGCUUGCACGGACCACAAUCUGAAGGGUCGGAAUGGGGACCACGGAAAAACAAAUGCCACCAGCCCCAAUGUGGUGAACGCGGCACGGGCGAAGUUCCGCACAGUCGCCAUCAUCGCCCGGAGCUUUGGCUCUUUUACCCCACGCCACCACAUCUCCCUCAAAGAAUCUACUGGCAAGCUCACCGGCAUGAAGUACCGGAACCUCGGGAAAUCUGGACUGCGAGUAUCAUGCCUCGGUCUGGGCACAUGGGUGACAUUUGGAGGACAGAUUUCAGAUGAAGUGGCGGAGCAGCUGAUGACUAUCGCGUAUGAGAGUGGGGUGAACCUUUUUGACACCGCAGAGGUGUAUGCUGCUGGAAAAGCUGAAGUCAUACUGGGAAACAUCAUCAAAAAAAAGGGCUGGAGGCGAUCCAGUCUGGUUAUUACCACAAAGCUCUACUGGGGUGGAAAAGCCGAGACUGAACGAGGCCUUUCUAGGAAACACAUUAUUGAAGGUCUUAAGGGCUCCUUGCAGAGGAUGCAGCUGGAAUAUGUCGAUGUGGUCUUCGCCAACCGGCCUGAUAGUAACACACCGAUGGAGGAGAUUGUCAGAGCCAUGACCUACGUGAUAAACCAAGGCAUGUCCAUGUACUGGGGAACCUCACGAUGGACUGCUAUGGAAAUAAUGGAGGCAUACUCUGUAGCGAGGCAGUUUAACCUGAUUCCUCCAGUGUGUGAGCAGGCUGAAUAUCAUCUUUUCCAGAGGGAGAAGGUCGAGGUGCAGCUGCCUGAGCUCUACCAUAAGAUAGGUGUUGGCGCCAUGACAUGGUCUCCUUUGGCCUGCGGGAUCAUCACUGGAAAAUAUGAAAACGGUAUCCCAGAAUCCUCCAGGGCAGCUAUGAAGUCAUACCAGUGGCUGAAAGACAAGAUAGUCAGUGAGGACGGACGAAAGCAGCAGGCAAAGCUGAAAGAACUCAGUCAUAUUGCUGAGAAGCUGGGCUGCACUUUGCCUCAACUUGCCGUAGCUUGGUGUCUGCGGAACGAGGGAGUGAGCUCGGUACUAUUAGGGACCUCAAAUGCAGAGCAGCUAACUGAAAACCUGGGAGCCAUACAGGUUCUUCCAAAGAUGACAUCCCAUGUGGUCUCAGACAUUGAUCACAUACUUGGGAACAGGCCAUACAGUAAGAAGGACUAUCGGUCCUAGGGUCUCUGGACACAGGCUCAGGGUGAAGAGAGAUAUGUGUGUAGCAGUAUUCGUGCCCUAGUGGUUCCUGCUCCGAAUCUGUUUGCAUCAUCGGUCUGACCUCUCUCUGUCUGAAGCCUUAGAGUGCGGUCCUCCUUAACCUGUACAUGCAUCCCCUCUGUUUCUGCUAGUGUGCCUUUGCACUCAAACACCACAGCAAGAAUCCCAUUGACUGGCGUCCUGGUGUCAGUUGUAACGGCACUUUGUAGGAGAGCUUCACUCACAAAUGUGAUUUAUGAACCUUACCCAUGCUUGUCCUCUGCUCUCAAAACCAUCAGCCACCAUCCGGGAUGUCUGGCGGUAUUAGCACACAGAGUGGAGGAACAGAGCAUGUCGCCCUCUUGUGUUCAAACGCAGCAACUGCAAACCUGUUUCACAGACUGUAGAGCACAGACCCAGUGGAACAGUGUGCAUCAUAAAGCUGUUUUGCCUGUACAAGAAUGCCUGUGUUGAUAUUUUAUGAAGGAUAUUUUAAAAAGAUUAUGCGUGUUUGCUUUAUAAUGUGAGCCACAGGUACAUGUGGUAGAAGAAUAAAUAAUGCACACAUCCGACCUAUAGGAAAUUACUUGAACGAGGGUAGCAUAAAUCUAUGAAUACAUGCUUACUGAACAUGCAACUGUAUUAUAAACAGACCUCAAGCCGCACUGCAGUAUAAAUAUACAGUAUUAGAGUUGAUCAGACAUGCGUAGAAUAUAUUAUGCCAGCAGACUAAUGCAUUCAUGAUAAUGUUAUAUAAAUGAAUGACUUGUUUUUCCUUUUAGUAACAGUAUGGAAGAUAUUCAGAGGAAAACAACUGCAAGGGAUCCCCUUGUGAAAAAGAAGCGAGCUUAAUUGUAUUAAACGUGCACAUUUAGUGUACUUCAAAAAGUAUGUUUUUUAAAAACUAUACUUUUAAAUAACAUAAUAUCAAUGAAGGCCAUGUAAGUGUACUGAAAUAUAGAGCAUUUUCAUGAACAUUUUUCGUAAUACACUUAAAUGGAUUUUGGAAGAAAGUCAAAUGAAAAGAAUUACUUUUAAAGGAGAAGUUCACAGAACAAAAAUUCAAUCACCCCCUCGUCAUCCAAGGUGUUCAUGUCUUUCUUUCUUCAGUCGAUAAGAAAUUAUAUUUCUUAAAGAAACAAUUCAGUUCUCCAUAUAUUGGACUUCAAUGGUGCCCCCAAGUUUGAACUUCCAAAAUACAGUUUAAAUUUUUAAAUAAAUAUCUAGCCAUUUUUAAACAAACUGACAAUUUAUAUUCCAGUAUAUCUUUUUAACCUCAACCUCGUCUUGUCUCGUUUCUGCGAUGUGCUUGCGUAGUCUGUGUAAUCCGGGUCAAUACAGUUAGGGUAUGCUGAAAAACCCCCAUCUCGUUUUCUUCUUCAACGUCAAAAUUGUCCUACAUCACUGUUUAACCUUUUUUUGUAACAGGCGUUUGAUCUUUGCAUGUUCACUUUGGAAACACUGGGUCGGUACUUCUGCAGUGAUGUAGGACAAUUUUAAAGUUGGGGAAGAAAACAAAUGAUGUUUUUCAACAUUCCCUAACUGUAUUGACCAUAAUGAACCGGAAAAAAACUGAGUUCACAGACUUAGACAAGAUGAGCGUUUGAGGUUAAACAGUAUAUAAAUUGUCAAUUUGUUUCGAAAAUGGCCGAUCGUUUUGCUAGAUCAUUUAAAGCCAUUUGAAGCUGCAUUUAAACUGCAUUUUGGAAGUUCAAACUUGGGGGCACCAUUGAAGUCCAUUAUAUGGAGAUAAUUCCUAAAUUUUAUUCCUCAAGAAACAUAAUUUCUUAUCAACAGAAGAAAGAAAGACACAAACAUCUUGGAUAACAAGGGGGAGAGUAAACUAUCUGUAAAUUUUUGUUCUGGAAGUGAACUUCUCCUUUAAGUACAUGUUAAGUCAUUAUGUUUUAAUAAUCGGUUGUUGUGCUCUAAAGAAGUACACUUAUUUUUAUGUGUUGACUAACAUAUUAAAGCACAUUUAAAGAACUUUAUUAUAUUGUGUGUUAUGCGUAGUGUGUAGUGUGUUAAUACAUUUAAAAUUACUAUAUUUUAAAUGUACUGAAUUGCAGCUUCAUUAUUAUUAUAAAUGUGUAAUUACAUAUAUUUUUUAAUUUAUUAUAUAUAGGUUUCAAUUGAAAUUACAUGAAAAUAUAUUUUAGUUUACCAUAAAUGCUUGUCAGUACAUAUUAACCACAUUUCAAAAACAAAAUAAAUAAUUAUGAAAGUACAAAUAAAGAUGUACUUAAAGGGAUAGUUCACCCAAAAACAAAAAUUCUGUCAUUAAUUACUCACACUCAUAUUGUUCCAAACCUGUAAGACCUUCGUUCAUCUUUGGAACACAAAUUAAGAUAUUUUUGUUGAAAUGAGAGCUUUCUGAACCUGCAUAGACAGCAACGCAACUACCACGUUCAAGGCCCAGAAAGUUACUAAGGACAUUAUUAAAAUAGUCCAUGUGACAUCAGUGGUUCAACCUUAAUUUUAUGAAGCUACAAGAAUACUUUUUGGUGCAAAGAAAACAAAAAUAACAAAUUUAUUCAACAAUUUCAACAAGGUCCUCUACUAUCUUUCUGGGCCUUGAAUGUGUCAGUUGCAUUUCUGUCUAUGCAGGGCAGAAAGCUCUCGGAUUUAAUAAAAAAAUAUCUUAAUUUGUGUUCCAAAGAUGAACAAAGGUCUUACGGUUUUGGAAAGACAUGAGGGUGAGUCAUUAAUGAAAGAAUUUUCAUUUUUGAGUGAACUAACCCAUUAAGUCCAAUUUAAGUGGACCAAAAAACACUCUAAAUUUCAGCAAACAACAUUUAAUAUAAAUUUAAACUAUAAUAAGUACUCUUUUUAAAAGUAUUCUAAAGUCUUCUUCUUUUUCACAAGGGUAGUUCACCCAAAAAUGAACAUUCUGUCAUCAUUUACUUCACCCUCAUGUCGUUCCGAACUUGAAUGACUUUUUCUUCUAUAAGAUGUAUGAAUAACUGUUUGAAUAACUGUAUGAAUAACUAAUGUAUAAAUGACAGUCCACUGGGUCAAAAACAAGAAGUAACCCAAAAAAUCCUGUUGUUUAAGAAAUUUUUAAGAAAAAAAGAAAAAAAAACUGAGGGUCAGUGAAUGACAAGUUUUCAUUUUGGAGUGGACUGUCCCUUUAAGAAACCAAGGAGCUCCUGAUAUGCAUGGCAGCGUUAAGAUAUAAUGGGAGCGAAUCUGAUUUACUGUUUUCGGGUGCCUCAUGUUUGAUUUUAUAGCUCUGUCUCGCCCUACUUGAAAGCCAUACUUUAUCACGCCCUAGAUAUUUUAAACACAGAUGAGCUGCUUUACCCUGUAGUAUUUCGAUUCUCAGAGUGUUUAGAUUCAUUUGAAACCUGUCUUGAUGAAACACAAUGGCUCUGUAUAAAAAACAUAAAGGGUGAAACUUCAAAAAUAGUGUUUUGAGAAACCCAGAAGGCUUUAUGAGAUCCGUGUGUACAUAGUGUUACCUUUAGUCUCCCUGCGGAGUGCCUUGAUUCUCACCUGCAUGAACAUUAGGGCUUGCCCAUUCUCCCAUGGGUCCAUGAGUGUAAUACUGUGAGCUUUUCUCAAUUGUAAAUGAUGUCUUUUACAGAAACUAAGAAAUCACACCACGUGGUGACUAUUGUUUUCUAAAGUUUGUAACAUUGUUUUGGAGAAAAGAGGAGCUGUUGGAUACACAGGCUGUUCUGAGUCUCUGCAUCAGGGUCUUUUAUCAUAUCAUGCAUCUCUCUCCCUGUAUGGCAGCAGUAACUUCUGUAAAUAUAAAUAUGUAAACAGUACAUAGAGGUAGAUUAUAUGCUUGAAAUAAAAACGCAUAUGGCCAGUAAACCCAUGUGUGUUUC